AUGACUUAUAGUCCAGAGAGGGUGAAGCAAGAUCUCCAGACUAAGGCAUUCCUUUUCCCAAAACCAUCAGCUGAUUCCUAUGCGACUCUGAUCCCACUGCAGAACAAACAGCUGCAGAAAUUCACUGUGUGCCUGUGGACCUACUCAGAACUGACCCGGGGCUACUCUUUGUUCUCCUAUGCCACUGAAGUUUCGUACAAUGAGAUCCUCCUCUUCAGGGAUGAAGUUGGACAGUACAGUUUGACAGUUGGGGGAGAAGAGGUUACUUUCCAGGUGGAUGAGUCUACUCUUACCCCAGUGCAUAUCUGUGCCACUUGGGCAUCAGCCUCAGGGGUUGCUGAGAUAUGGAUAAAUGGUAAACCCCUGGUGAGGAAGAUUAUGCAAGUAGGGUAUACCUUAAGUGGGAAUGCCAAGAUCAUUCUGGGGCAAGACCAAGAUUUCUAUGGGGGUGGGUUUGAUAUAAAUCAGUCCUUUGUCGGGGAGAUUGGGAAUGUAAAUAUGUGGGAUUAUGUGCUUCCUCCCAAGGAGAUAAUGGCCAAUUGUAAUUGUGGCAAUAUCCUAAACUGGAAGAAGCUGAAAUAUGAGAAGCAUGGCCACAUGCUUACUGUUCCCCAUUUUUGGGUUUAA